AUGGUUUGGAAAUUACACGAGAAGAAGGAUAUGGAUCCCCCAGAGAGGCCCAAAAAGUAUAAUAGAAGAAAAGGCGAGGAUGAAGCAAAAGGAAAAAAGAAAGUGGUAGAAACUGCUACUGGUUUGAAACUGACCAAAAGAGGAGUUGUCAUGAAGUGCUCAAUUUGCAAGCAACCAAAUCACAAUUCAAGGGGCUGCCAUAAAAACCCACAAAGUAGACCCACCAAUCAAGGUCUGGAUGUGCCAGCAGCUACUACCAAUGGAAAGGAAUCUCAGACAAAUAAACAAUCUCACACUGAGCCAGUGAUUAGUGGAAAAGGAAAGAGAAACAAAAGAGGUUUUGAAGGUACAUCAACAGGUUUUGAAGGUGCACCUAAUGGAAAAAGGAAGAAGAAUAAGGAAAAAGGUCUUGAAGGUACAAGUAGUGGUGUAAAUGUGCCUGUGGUUGUCACUAAUGCUACAUCAAGUGCACCUAAUGGAGAAAGAAAGAGUGCAUCAUCUAAAUCAAAACUGAACAUUUUCACUCAAGAGAAAAGAAUGACAAGAAGUAGCACUCCCAAUAGGUCAAAACCCAAGAAGCAGCAGAAAUCCACAACCAAGCCACCUGUGACCUCAAGCCAGACUAGUGCAAAUCAAGUACCACCUAAAGAACCUCCACCAAAAAGAGUGACCAAAAGAAAAGAAUCUCAGACAAAUAAACAAUCUCAGACUGAGCCAGUGGUUAGUGGAAAAGGAAAGAGAAACAAAAGAGGUUUUGAAGGUACCUCAACAGGUUUUGAAGGUGCACCUAAUGGAAAAAGGAAGAAGAAUAAGGAAAAAGGUCUUGAAGGUACAAGUAGUGGUGUAAAUGUGUCGGUGGUUGUCACUUAUGCUACAUCAAGUGCACUUAAUGGAGAAAGAAAGAGUGCAUCAUCUAAAUCAAAACUGAACAUUUUCACUCAAGAGAAAAGAAUGACAAGAAGUAGCACUUGUGGAAAACCAAAGGCCUUUACUCAGCCAAUAGGUCAAAACCCAAGAAGCAGCAAAAAUAAUGUGAGAUUCUCCACAACCAAGCCACCUGUGACCUCAAGCCAGACUAGUGCAAAUCAAGUACCACCUAAAGAACCUCCACCAAAAAGAGUGACCAGAAGUAGUACCUUCUCCCCCAAAAAGAGCCAACAGAAGUAG